AUGGCUAGCUUAUCCAAUAGUGCCGCAGCCGAAACGCCGGCCCAGCCAUGGCAUGCAGCCUAUCCAGCCCCCAAAUGCACUGCACCGGUACUAUCUCGGCUGGAAGUCCUGAAGUGGUUGAGAGAGGGUAGGAAGGACUUUGUGCUUGUUGAUUUGCGACGCGCAGAUUUCGAGGGUGGCACCAUCUGCGGAUCAUUGAAUCUACCGGCUCAGACUCUAUAUCCGUCCCUGCCAACUCUGUAUUCCGUGCUUUCGGGUGCCAAUGUCAAACGAGUGAUUUGGUACUGUGGUUCAUGCGGAGGACGCGGGACCCGGGCGGCCGCGUGGUUUGCAGAUUACAUCGAGAGUCAACAGGAUACGGCAUUGAAAAGCUUUGCUCUUGAGGGUGGUAUCAAGGGUUGGGUGGCUUCUGGCAGUGAGUAUACUGAGUGGAUGGAUGGGUAUGAUGCCAGUUCUUGGGCGAGCACGUAG